CAUACUGACUCACCCAAUCUCCUAAAAAAAAGUCUCUCAAAUAUGAAGUGAGUAGACAGUAGGCGCCAACCCAACCAUUCUCCCAAAAACGCCUUUGGCGCUCUAAAACAACCCCCCAAAAACUCGAAAAAACCUCCUCCCUCGCUCUCUACUUCCCGUUACCAAAAAUCCCUCCACUCUCACCCAAAUCCUCCAUUAAUCUACCCCUCAAAAGAACCCAUCCCCCCAAAAUUCCCAAUGUCGCAACUCCCAAUUAAUCCACCUCCAGACUCUACUCUUCCUUCGUCGUCAAAUGGCGUAAUUCUCGGCGGUGUCGCCCCUUGCCAGGUGCGCUGUGCCGGGUGUCGCCUCAUUUUAACCGUUGCGGCUGGCGUUGCGGAGUUUGUUUGCCCGACUUGCCGGCUUCCGCAGAUGCUCCCUCCUGAGCUGUUGAAGAAUUUUAGGCCUAGACCACCUCCGAUUCUCCCACCUCUACCACCGCCAAACCCUAACCCUAACCCUAACCCUAAUUCGGUGGGGCCUACUCCGCCACCUGUUCAGGCUCAAGGUAUUGAUCCGUCUAAGAUGCAGCUCCCUUGUGCUAACUGUAAGGCUAUACUUAAUGUCCCUCAUGGCCUGUCUCGCUUCAAAUGUCCUCAGUGCGAUAUCGACCUCGCCGUCGAUGUAUCGAAAAUUAAGCAGUUUCUCCCUCUUCCGCCUCCUCCUGUCGAAGAAGUCAAUGAGGUAGCUAUUGAUGUCGAACAAGAGGAAGGUGAAGGUGGAAUGGCGGGGGAGACGUUUACAGACUAUCGACCUCCUAAAUUGUCGAUAGGCCCUCCUCACCCUGAUCCAAUUGUGGAGACAUCAUCCUUAUCUGCGGUUCAACCACCUGAACCUACUUAUGAUUUGGCAAUUAAAGAGGAAAUUGUGCAGUCGAAGAUGCUGUCUUGCUUGCAGCUUGAAACAUUGGUCUAUGCUUCUCAGAGACACAUGCAGCAUCUUCCAAAUGGUGAAAGGGCAGGAUUCUUUGUUGGUGAUGGUGCUGGUGUGGGCAAAGGUCGUACUAUUGCAGGUUUAAUAUGGGAGAACUGGCAACAUAGAAGAAGAAAAGCAUUGUGGAUAUCUGUUGGUUCAGACUUAAAGUUUGAUGCACGAAGAGACUUGGAUGAUGUAGGUGCAACAAGUGUUGAAGUCCAUGCUCUGAAUAAGUUGCCUUAUGGAAAGCUUGAUUCAAAGUCUGUGGGAAUUAGAGAGGGUGUUCUGUUUUCGACAUAUAGCAGUCUUAUUGCGUCUUCCGAAAAGGGGAAGUCUCGCUUGAGCCAACUUGUUCAGUGGUGUGGUGGAAGAGAUUUUGACGGUCUUGUCAUAUUUGACGAGUGUCACAAGGCUAAAAAUCUGGUUCCUGAAGCUGGGGGGCAGCCUACACGUACGGGUGAAGCAGUUUUAGAACUUCAGGACAAACUUCCUGAAGCACGAGUAGUCUAUUGCUCAGCUACUGGUGCAUCUGAGCCACGCAAUAUGGGUUACAUGGUUCGUCUUGGUCUUUGGGGUGAUGGUACAUCUUUUUUGAAUUUCAAGGAUUUUCUGGGUGCUCUAGAGAAAGGUGGAGUUGGAGCUCUGGAACUUGUUGCCAUGGACAUGAAAGCAAGAGGCAUGUUUGUUUGUCGAACACUUAGCUACAAGGGGGCUGAGUUUGAAGUUGUUGAGGCACCGUUGGAUCCCAAGAUGACGGAAACAUAUAAGAAGGCAGCAGAGUUUUGGGCUGAACUGCGUGUAGAGUUACUGACAGCAAGUGCAUUUCAUAAUGAAGAGAAACCUACUUCUAGCCAGCUGUGGCGAUUGUAUUGGGCCAGCCAUCAGCGAUUCUUUAGACACCUGUGCAUGUCAGCUAAAGUCCCAACAGUUGUAAAACUUGCUAAGCAAGCAUUGGGAGAGAGUAAAUGUGUGGUUGUUGGCCUUCAGAGUACGGGAGAGGCACGAACAGAGGAAGCUGUUACAAAAUAUGGCCUUGAACUUGAUGACUUUGUUUCUGGGCCUCGUGAGCUGCUACUGAAAUUUGUUGAAGAAAAUUAUCCUCUACCUGAAAAGCCUGAACCUAUUCCAGAUGAUGAAGGUGAGAAGGAACUUCCGCGGAAGCGACGCUCAGCAAAUCCUGAUAUUUCAUUCAAAGGGCGAGUGAGAAAAGUUGCUAAAUGGAAGGCUGAAAGUGAUGAAGAAAGCUUUGAUGAAUCGGAAUCUGAUAUUGGCAAUGAAUCUACUGAAUCUGAUGAUGAGUUUCAGAUCUGUGACAUUUGUAAUGGAGAAGAGGAUAGAAAGAAAUUGCUCAAAUGUGCCUGUUGUGGCCAAUUACUCCACCCUUCUUGUCUAGAACCACCUGUAGCAGAUGUAGCAGAUGUAUCUGAGGGAUGGACAUGUAAUUCAUGCCAGCAAAAGACAGAAGAGUAUCUACAAGCAAGGCGUGUCUACAUAGAAGAACUCACAAAGAGGUAUGAAGGAGCUGUGGAACGGAAAACGAAGAUUAUGGAGAUUAUUCGGUCCUUGGAUCUUCCGAACAAUCCACUAGAUGACAUUAUUGAUCAGCUGGGUGGACCUGAUAAUGUUGCAGAAAUAACAGGAAGGCGGGGCAUGCUUGUUCGGGCCUCGUGUGGUAAAGGUGUCACCUAUCAGGCACGGAAUACGAAAGACGUGUCCAUGGAGAUGGUGAAUAUGCAUGAGAAGCAGCUUUUCAUGGAUGGUAAAAAGUUUGUGGCUAUCAUAUCUGAAGCUGGGUCAGCUGGUGUUUCUCUGCAAGCAGAUAGGAGGGCUAUAAAUCAGAGGAGGAGGGUUCACUUAACGUUAGAACUCCCAUGGAGUGCUGACAGAGCAAUUCAGCAGUUUGGCAGGACCCAUCGAUCAAAUCAAGCCUCUGCUCCUGAAUACAGACUCCUCUUUACUGAUCUUGGUGGUGAAAGACGAUUUGCAUCUAUCGUGGCAAAGAGGCUAGAAUCUCUUGGGGCAUUAACACAAGGGGACCGCAGGGCAGGUCUUUCAUUGAGCUCCUAUAACUAUGACAGUGCCUAUGGGAAAAAGGCGCUGAUGGUGUUGUAUAGAGGAAUCCUGGAGCAGGAUUCCUUGCCAGUUGUCCCCCCUGGAUGUUCGACUGAAAAUCCAGAAUCAAUCCAAGACUUCAUAUCCAAGGCAAAAGCUGCUCUGGUGUCUGUUGGCAUUGUUAGGGACUCAGGUAGUGCAAAAGAAUCUGGAAAGGUUUCUGCUCGUAUAAUUGACUCAGACAUGAAUGAUGUUGGUCGUUUUCUCAAUCGGUUGUUAGGCUUGCCUCCUGAGAUCCAGAACAGGCUUUUUGAGUUAUUUAUCAACAUCCUUGAUGUAAUUAUUCAAAAUGCGCGAACUGAAGGGAAUCUGGACUCUGGAAUUGUUGACAUAAAAGCUAAUAUUAUUGAACUACAAGGGAAACCAAAGACUGUGCAUGUGGAUCAAAUGUCCGGUGCACCAACAGUAUUGUUUACAUUCACUCUUGAUCGUGGGGUCACUUGGGAGUUUGCUUCUAGUUUGCUCAAUGAGAAGCAAAAGGGAAGUCUUGGCUCAGCGCAUGAUGGAUUCUACGAGUCUAAGAGGGAAUGGCUUGGAAGACGUCACUUCCUUUUGGCUUUUGAAGGCUCUACCUCUGGCUUUUUUAAGAUAGUUCGUCCUGCUGUUGGGGAGGCAAUAAGGGAAAUGCCUUUAAGUGAACUUAGAAACAAGUAUAGGAAAAUCUCUUCUCUGGAUAAGGCUCGUAGUGGAUGGGAAGACGAGUAUGAAGUUUCAUCUAGACAGUGUAUGCAUGGCCCCAAUUGCAAGGUUGGUAGCUAUUGUACUGUGGGGAGAAGACUGCAAGAAGUUAAUGUUUUAGGUGGCCUGGUCCUCCCAAUCUGGAAUGCGAUUGAAAAAGCCCUAUCAAAACAGGCCCGUCAGAGUCAUAGACGGAUUCGUGUUGUGCGUAUAGAGACAACAACAGAUAGCCAACGAAUUGUGGGGCUCCUGAUUCCAAAUGCAGCUGUUGAAGUUGUACUUGAAGAUUUGGCAUGGGUUCAAGAAAUUGAUGACUAAUGCAUACCUAGCAAGCUAUUGUCCUCCAUCCCGCGACAGAACAUUUCCUGUCAGCAGAACCGUGGGUAGCCAGAAAUUCACAUUGUGAUGUACGUCGUGAAAAAUAUUCAGGAGUUGUAUAUAGAUGCGCCAAUUUUUAGUCAAAUCUGUAUUAUCAUUUUUCAACGCAUGCUGUGCGAUCUCAUCAUUCUUGUAAAGCUUCGGUGUAAUUAUAGAGCACAGAACGCUGGCCUCACUGAUGAACUAGGCUCAGUGAUUUUGGCUUCUGAUUAUCAAUGAUAUAGUAAGCUUCUUCAAGCAGUUACAUUUCAUAA